AAUGUUACCAUUCUGAAUAUCUUCUUUGUACAGGGACUCUUGAAAGUUGCCAUAGAUAAUGCCAGAGCUCAAGAGAAACAGGUUCAACUGGAAAAAACAGAGCUGAAGAUGGAUUUUUUAAGGGAAAGAGAACUAAGAGAAACACUUGAGAAGCAGUUGGCUAUGGAACAAAAGAAUAGAGCCAUAGUUCAAAAGAGGCUAAAGAAGGAAAAGAAGGCAAAGAGAAAAUUGCAGGAAGCACUUGAGUUUGAGACGAAACGGCGUGAACAAGCAGAACAGACGCUAAAACAGGCAGCUUCAACAGAUAGUCUCAGGGUCUUAAAUGACUCUCUGACCCCAGAGAUAGAAGCUGACCGCAGUGGCGGCAGAACAGAUGCUGAAAGGACAAUACAAGAUGGAAGACUGUAUUUGAAAACUACUGUCAUGUACUGAAUAUUUCCUGUUGAAGAAAUCCAUGUUAGAGAAAAGAACUUUGCAGUCAGACAUUCAUCAUGAGAAAGUUCAGAAAAAAUAAAGUCCGUUUAAGGGAACUUCCCGAAUUUUAUGUAUUAAUGUUCUUUAAAAGUUUAAGUAUUCUACAAAAAAAAAAGUUUCCUCCAUUGAUUUUCACCUGUGGUUCAUACCAGAGACCUGAGAAUGUUUGUAAAUGUACAAGUAUCAAACUUCUUACAGUUAAUAACUGCAACUUGCUGCUGGACAAUUGUAUACAGAGUUAAAGGAAGGUCUGAAUAAGACCUAGCUUUGUUUUUUUCUAAUGGAAUGAACCAUUUCCUCUUCUGAAAAUUCUGUAUCUGAGCACAUCAAGAGACUCUUGUAGCAGUGGUUACCCAAACUUACAGAAUUAUGUCCCCCAGAAACCAGCAAGAACACUUGGAAUGAACUUGUAGGGGGCAUAGAGGAUUCUUGAAAAAAGAAUAAAGAGUGAUAUUCUGUUACAUUCAAUUUCAAACUCUCUAAUUGUGGGUUUUCUCCUGAAGAUUUUUUUUUUUACAUACUUUCCAAAAGACCAACAAAUGGAUGUUAAGAGCAACCCAAUGAAAUAACGUUUUGCAUAUCUGAAAAGAAGCAUUGAAUAUAAGCCAAAAGGUUUAACUGAAGUUCUUUUUUUCUUAAAGUAAAAAACAUAUAAAAUGUAACAUGUUUUCAUUCCAAACUGGUAGUGGUAUAUAGAAUUAAAGAUAUUAAUGUUGCUUCUUAUUCAAACCGUUGGUCAUAUGUACAGUAUAUAAACAUAAAACACACAAGGAAGGUAUUAUGUAUGCAGUAGUAUACUAGAGUUUAGGAAAAUGAAAAUUUUAGAACAUAUGUUUUGUCACCCUGUUGGUCAGAAAGACGUCUUUCUGGUUUUAACGCAUGCAGGCAUGUAAAUAUUUGUCUGGAGUCACAGUAUUAAUGAAUGAGAUCUUAAGCAUCUGGUGACAUCAAAACUCUGUCAGCCACUUUUAUUUGUAUAUUGAACCCUAGUUAGUGCUCCAAGCUGCACUAUUGGGUGGAUCGUGGCUGAACGCAAAUCAAAACACCAGAAAUAUUUUUAUAUGUUAAUGUCAUAUUAUGUUAAUGUUGCUGAAAACAAAACCUAACAAACCUUGAUGUACCAGUCCAAUACCAUGUAGCGCUGAGUGAUAAAGUUAAAAUGUGCUGUGCUUCCCACCCUGGUCAGAGGGAAGGGUGGCUAUGUGUUAUUUUCACUGUCUUUUUGAAAGUUACAGUAUGUGUUUUCACUUUUGUGCAGAUAACUGGAAGUAAAGCAGCAAACAGUGCUUAUCACAUGCUAAAGUUACCUUCCCUUUAUUUUUUGCAUAUCUGGAAUUACACCUUUAAAGACUGAUAUGAAUCAGUGUAGUCACUGUACAUUUUAUGAUUUUUCUGUCAACUUAAAAUUGUAUGAUCAUAACAUUAUUUAUUACCAUAAAACAGCAAAAUCUUCAAUGUCUAAGAAAACUAGCUUAAAAUAUUUAAAUAUAGUUCUGAUUGGGUAUUAAUUACUUGAUUAAGAAAAAAUUAACAUUAUAGAUACUCUGGCAUUACGCUUCUAUACCUUUUAGGUCUUCCUUGCAAUACUGGAACGUAAUUCUUUUGUGUAGCUCACUAUUAACCCGCUAAGUUCAUUUUUUUAAUACCAUAAAAAGGUUAUAUGUACAGUUCCUAUUUUUAGCUUACUUGCAAAGGGAGCAUUGUUUUUAUUUAAAGUAUUGUUACUAAAUGCUUUGUAGAAACUUGAUUUUCUAAGCAUAGUUCUUCCAUAACCAUCUUUUGUUGUUUGAACACAAGAGAUUCUCUUCCUAGUUCUAUGUAUUUUGUUUCCCUAUAUGCAGUCUUUAAAGGAUUAAAACACUUAAAAUUGAAUGGACUUGUGUCAAGCUAUUGCAUCAUACAUUUUUUGAAAGAUUUUCUAAAAAGUCUACAACUUACAUGUGUAGUAGAAUCAGCCAUUGCUCUGCUCCUGGCAUAGAGUCACCUGUUACGUGGAUUAAAUAGUUUUAAAAUACAUACUUUGAAGACCUUUGAGAAUGCUUUAGUGUUUGGUUUGAAAUAAAAGGAAAUUUUAGCAAGAAUUAAAGAAAAAAGCUAUCAGCUAUGUGUUAAGAGAGACUCUUACUAACAUGUAAAUAUUACAAUUCAUGAAAUGUUAUUGUAAGUCUGUAACUUAAUUUUUGCCCUUUUUUAGUUAUACAGGUUGGUUUGGAAAUUUGCGUUUUGGCAUAAACAAGUAAAAUGUGCCCAUUUUAUGAUUUCCAUGCUUUUGUAAUCCUAAAAAUAUUAAUGUCUAGUUGUUCUAUAUUAUAACCACAUUUGCGCUCUAUGCAAGCCCUUGGAACAGAACAUACUCAUCUUCAUGUAGGACCUAUGAAAAUUGUCUAUUUUUAUCUAUAUAUUUAAAGUUUUCUAAAAAUGAUAAAAGGUUAUUACGAAUUUUGUUGUACAAAAUCUGUACAAAAAUCUGUUUUUACAUCAUAAUGCAAGAAUUGGAAAUUUUUCUAUGGUAGCCUAGUUAUUUGAGCCUGGUUUCAAUGUGAGAACCACGUUUACUGUUAUUGUAUUUAAUUUUCUUUUUCUUUUCAACAAUCUCCUAAUAAAACUGUCUGAAAUCUCCCUGUGA